AUGCAGUCUUCUCCCGCGGUGGAUGACGAGGUUGCAAAUCCCACGUUUGGGUACACGGGCGGGGCUAUGGUGGUACUGAACCAGUGUGUGGUAUCUCAGGGAGACACAGAACUCAUGUCGAACGUGGACCUGACGGUAAUGCCGGGCGACCGCGUGGGGCUCGUGGGUCAAAAUGGCGCGGGGAAGUCGACUCUCUUGCAGUGUAUCGCGGGCUAUCGCCCGAUGGACGAGGGAUCUUGUGUUGUCAAGACCGGUGCACGGAUGGGGUACUUGCAGCAGAAGGGCGUGAGCGGAUCUAGUCGGACCGUUUACGAGGAGGCGUGCUCGGAGAUGGAUACCAUCAACCAGGCCCACGCGGCAAUGGAGAGGGCCGAGGCGAAGGUGAUCGAGGACCCCAUGAACCAGAAAGCGCUGGACAGACUAUUGCAGGCCCAGGCCACUUACGAGGCGGUCGGAGGAUUGACACAAGAUAGGCUUGUGGCCCAGAUUCUGGGCGGGUUGGGGUUCAGUGCCCAGGAUCAGCAGCGGUUAUGCUCGACCUUCAGCGGGGGCUGGCAGAUGCGCAUUGCUCUGGCGAAGCUGUUGUUGUCGGAGCCCGACCUGCUUUUGUUGGAUGAGCCUACCAACCACCUUGACGCCGCGGCAAAGACCUGGCUGGGAAGGUUUUUGUCCAACUACCAAGGCACCAUCGUGACGGUUUCACACGAUGAGGCGUUAUUGGAGGGGAUCAAGCUGUCCACAGUGGCAGAGGUGGCCAAUCAAAGGGUCGAGGUGUUCAAAGGGUGCGGCUUCAAGAAGUUCCUCUUCGAAAGGGACGAACGAAUGAGGGCUUUGAAGAGCAAGUACGAAGCGGAGCAGAAGGAGAUGGCUCGCCUGCAAGGCUUCGUCGAUCGCUUUGGGGCACAGGCUACGAAGGCGUCUGCGGCACAGUCGAGGGUGAAGAUGUUGCAGAAGAUGGAGGCCAAUGCCACGCCUUUGCCCGAGGGAAAAUCGUCCUUCAGGGCCAAGAUGAGACUGCCGACGCCGCCGGCUUGCCACACCAACCAGAUCGAGUUGAAGGGUGCGAGUUUCGGGUGGGGAGAUGCACCGCCGACAGCCACGGGCGUUAACCUCAAGCUGGAAAAGGGACAAACGUUGGCAAUUCUUGGUCCCAACGGUGCGGGUAAAUCUACCCUUCUGAAGGCGCUGGCGGGAAUUCUUCCUCUUUCUGCGGGGGAAAGGAAGGAGGGGGAAGGGCUCAAGAUUGGCGUCUUCACACAGGACUUGGCGCAAGAUUUACCGCAGGAUGCCAUCGCCCUGGAGUUGGUUUUGGACAGAGUCAGGGAGCACGAUACCACCGUCUCCGACGAACAAGCGCGUACUAUUCUGGGUUCGCUGGGGCUGCAAGGGCCCAAGGCUCUGCGAAAAAUCGGCGUUCUCUCUGGAGGGGAGAAGGCUAGGGUGGCCCUGGCGAUCUUCGUCAUGAUCCCGUACAACCUCCUCAUGCUUGACGAACCCAGCAACCAUCUCGACGCUGAAACCCUCAACUCGUUGGUCGACGCAAUCAAGGGUUGGAAGGGCACGGUGGUGGUGGUGUCCCACAACAAGGACUUCGUGACCCGGCUGUCGACCACGCACACGUCGAUUGUUGAGGGAGGGGAGGUGAAGUUCCUCGACAGACCGCCGAGGGCGUCGGACUGGGAGCACGAUGCUGAGGGACAAGGCUGGAAGGGAGGCGACGCAGAAUCGAAGAAGGAGCUGACCCCUGCCGAAAAGAAGGCGCAGAAGGCAUUGAGAGCGGCCGCAGAGAAAGAGAGAAAAAAAAAAGUUAACGCGCCGGGAAGAAUAAGCAAGAUCGAGGCGUUAGUUGAAGAGUUGGAUAGCAAGAUCAGUGCGUUGACGGACGAGAUGUACGAGGAGGGCAUCGAUGCGGCGACUGUGGCGAGGAUCGUCAAGGAUAAGGAUGCCGCAGAAGCGAGAUCGGCAAAACUCUACGCAGAGUGGGAAGAGCUGGAAGAACUGCUGGCAGAGGACUAGAUAAGCAAAUUCUACCUGUAGGUCUCUGGAUGGACGUGAUGUUACGAUGCAUACGAUGGGAUGUGACGGUGUGCAUCUGUGACUUGGAAUCGCAUUGAAUUAAAUCGGAUUCAUUCGAGUUCCGCACCUUUGGAAGUAUUAAAGUGUAGCUUGUUUGAUUCCUGUAUGGGGUAAGGGACAUACAUGUAUCCACGUCAAAAAAAUAUGUGCGCCGUACGUGUCCAGCUGAGCGCUUGUUUUGCUGUGUGUUUUUCGGAGUGUCGUCGGCGUAUUUGUAUUUCUACUACUAUAGGGCAGGAUCACGAUAAUCCUAGACGUGUCCUGGGCGAGUCAGGAGCGAUUUAGUAGAUGACAAGUAAUCGCGGUUUGAUUUG